GGGGCUUGGGCUAGCUGCGGGCGGCGCGGAUGGCGGGCGGCGCGGGCUGGGCGGGCGCCCCCGCGGCUCUGCUGCGCUCCGUGCGCCGCCUGCGCGAAGUGUUCGAGGUGUGCGGCCGCGACCCCGACGGCUUUCUGCGCGUGGAGCGCGUCGCGGCGCUCGGCCUGCGCUUCGGGCAAGGCGAGGAGGUGGAAAAACUUGUGAAGUGUUUGGAUCCCAAUGACCUGGGGAGAAUCAACUUCAAGGAUUUUUGCCGUGGAGUAUUCGCCAUGAAAGGGUGUGAGGAGCUGCUGAAGGACGUGCUCUCAGUGGAGAGCGCGGGGACCCUGCCAUGUUCUCCAGACAUCCCAGACUGUGUGGAGCAGGGCAGCGACUUCUCUGGCUCUACUGAUGGCGAGCUCCUCCCUGGGGAACCCGACUGCUUCCAGGAAGACGAAGAGGAAGCGAUGACACUGGCCCUACCUGAGGGACCCCAGGAGUCAGACAUGGACAGCCCCAUGGAGAGCAGCCAAGGCCCGGAGGGCUCUGUCAGAAGUUGUGGCGAGGAGAAGGAGCCUGAGCUGGGGGGCCUGUUCCUGCCAGAGGACAAGUGCCUCGUCCUCACUCCAUCCGUGACCACAUCAGACCUUUCCACUCACUCCACCGCCUCUCUCAUCAGCAACGAGGAGCAAUUUGAAGACUAUGGCGAGGGGGAUGACGUGGACUGUGCUCCCAGCAGCCCUUGCCCUGACGAUGAGACCAGGACCAAUGUCUACUCAGAUCUGGGAUCUUCAGUGUCUUCCAGUGCGGGACAGACCCCAAGGAAGAUGCGACACGCCUACAACAGCGAGCUGCUGGACGUGUACUGCUCUCAGUGCUGCAAGAAGAUCAACCUGCUGAAUGACCUGGAGGCCCGGCUGAAGAACCUGAAGGCCAACAGCCCCAACCGCAAGAUCUCAAGCACGGCUUUUGGACGGCAGCUCAUGCACAACAGUAACUUCAGCAGCAGUAAUGGCAGCACCGAGGACCUGUUCCGUGACAGCAUCGACUCCUGUGACAAUGACAUCACAGAGAAGGUGAGCUUCCUGGAGAAAAAGGUAACAGAGCUGGAGAACGACAGCCUGACGAGCGGGGGCCUGAAGAGCAAGCUGAAGCAGGAGAACAUACAGCUGGUGCACAGGGUGCAUGAGCUGGAGGAGAUGGUGAAGGAUCAGGAGACCACAGCGGAGCAGGCGCUGGAGGAGGAGGCCCGGCGACACCGUGAGGUCUACUGCAAGCUGGAGCGGGAGAAGAGCACAGAGCUGGAGCUGCUCAACACCAGGGUGCAGCAGUUGGAAGAAGAGAACACAGAUCUGAGAACGACAGUGGCUCGACUCAAGUCACAGACCGAGAAGCUGGAUGAGGAGCGGCAGCGAAUGUCUGACCGGCUGGAGGACACCAGCCUGCGACUGAAGGACGAGAUGGACCUUUACAAGCGCAUGAUGGACAAACUGCGGCAGAACCGCCUGGAGUUCCAGAAGGAGCGGGAGGCGACGCAGGAGCUCAUCGAGGACUUGCGGCGAGAGCUGGAGCACCUGCAGAUGUACAAGCUGGACUGCGAGCGGCCAGGUAGGGGCCGCAGCUCCUCUGGCCUUGGCGAGUUCAAUGCCAGAGCCCGGGAGGUGGAACUUGAGCAUGAGGUCAAGCGUCUGAAGCAGGAGAAUCACAAGCUGCGGGAUCAGAAUGAUGAUUUAAAUGGGCAGAUCCUGAGCCUCAGCCUCUACGAGGCGAAGAACCUCUUUGCAACCCAGACCAAAGCCCAGUCUCUGGCUGCAGAAAUUGACACAGCGUCUCGAGAUGAGCUAAUGGAGGCCCUGAAGGAGCAGGAGGAGAUCAACUUCCGACUGAGACAGUACAUGGACAAGAUAAUCCUGGCUAUACUGGACCACAACCCCUCCAUCCUGGAGAUCAAACACUGAGUCAGGGCUGGCUGCAGAGUGGCCCUUGGACCUGGGACCUAGGGGCAAGCCUGCCUGAGGAUGAAGAAAGAUGCAGGCUUCCCCCACACUCACUCUGUAAUUGUACCUCUGAGCACCCUCUGUGUGUAUGCUGGUGUAUGUGCAGGAGGCUGUGCACACAUGGGCAAGGAGUGAGCUUGGGGCCAUGGCUGUGGGUGACAACCCACAGUGAGCUGUGUGUGCACUUUGUAGCCCCUUUGUGAGGGGCAGAGGGGACUGGAUGUGGGAGAGACACUCUCAGGAGUUAACAGCAAGGCCUGGAAGCUUGCAUUUAGGAUACUGAUGAAAUGAUUCUACCUCUGGGAUAAGGGUUAGAAGAUACUCUCAGGAGAUGGGUUCUCUCCCCUCCCCCACUGGAGUGGGGACAAAACUGUUACAUUCUCCAGAAUUUGGUGUCCUUGCCAACCUUUCAGGCCACCUUUCAAGCUGGGUGUUUUUUUUGUUGUUGUUUUUUGAUUGUUUUUUGUUUUUGUUUUUGUUUUUUAGCUCAGAGGAGGAAGGGGUAUUGGAGAGCCCCCUGCGGGCUAGCCCUCUGGGGUGCGGAUAAGUAGGUCCAGUGGACUUGGGCUUACAGAGCGACCCACGGGCUGAGUCCAUUGUAGUUUUCUGAGCACUUCCCAGGCUUGUUUGCCUACCUCUCCUUUCUGGUUUGGCUUUGCUUUGUUUUGAAGAUGGGAAAUACAGGCGGCAUACAGGCCAAGAAGGGUAGGGUUCCCCAAGGCAGGUGUGUGUUAGCACUGGGGGCCAAAAGGAGCGAUUGCCUGGGAGAGGGGUGGGUUUUCAUGGCUGCAUUGUCACACGUGACCUCUCUGGGUUCCAUGCUCCUUAGUGAGGACAGGCCCGACUCAAGACUGGCACCUCCCCUCAGCUUUCAGACCCAUCUGAAUCAGGUCCCCAGUUAGAGAGCAGACACUGCUGGCAGGAGGUCCAGUGGAGAACACUGGGGGCUGUGAAUACAUGAUGGGAAUUCACAUACACACACCCGUGUUGGGGGGGGGUUUAAAAUGUGAUGUGGGAGUAGGUACUGUAUGCAGAAUGUUCCAGAUUAUCUCAGUUGUACAUGGCUUGUGAUUGGUUGGCUUCCUUACCCCAGCUCCUAUAGAUGUGUAUGGGUCAAGCCUUCCCCCUGAGCACAUCUUAUGUACAAAGGAAGGUCUAGGGAUGCCAGGGGGGCUAGCGAGCAGAAAGGGGGCACAGUUGAAGGUAAAUAGGGGAUCUGGGUGUGUGCCCCGGGGUGUGUGCCCUGCUUGGCAGAGACGGGGCUGCGGUCAGUGUCAGUCCAGUCGCCGUGCUUUCUUUGGCUUUUGAGCUUCCUUUUAAUCAUAUGCAUGGAAUUCAUCUCAUGCUGCCUAGAUGGUGGGUGGGCCUGGUCUGCCUGGAUGAGCCACACCAGGAAGAUGGGAAGGCUUGAUCUGGGCAUACAAGGUUUCCUUCCCUGGGGUCUGGGAAGAUAGAGAAGAGGGGGCUGGGUAGGGAGUCUUGUGAGGAGAACGGGAAGAUAACCAUGGUUUGAGGUUGGUCCAGGUGCCAUGCUGGCGGAAUGCAGAGGCCAGCUGAAUGUAGGUCCUGGUAAGAGGGGCCUACGCUCGGUGAGCAGUUCAGACUUGAAGUUGUAUGGGCCGCCUGCUUCACUCAUAUGUGGAUUUCCAGAGAAGGCCACAGAGGCCCGAGUCACCGUGUCACAGAAGAGGAAGGAAUCUAUCAGGAAAGCAGGCAGGGAAGGAAGGCUUUAGGCCCAAGUUGUAGGGCUGGAAGAGUGGACUCCCUGAGGGCAUGACCAGGUUUGGAGGCCCCUGUGGAUCUGGACGCUUGCUAUAGGCCUCUGGAAGAAUGAUUUCUGAAUGUGGUCUGACUUCCAUGCAACACACCUCAGGCGAAAUCCAGCCUUCUUACAGAAUACGCUUAGAAAACUUUGUCAACUUCUCCAUAAGAUCAUGUUUGCCAUUUCUCGUAAUGGUGACAAGAAGUUUCUGUUCUGUUCUGUUUUUUUUUUUUUUUUUUUUUUUUUUUUUGAGACAGGGUCUUACACUGUGGUUCUGGCUUCCCUGAAACCUUAAACUCAAGACAAUUCUCCUGUCUCAGCCUUCAGAGUACUGGGAUUACAGGCAAGAAUCACCACACCCAUUUCACUUUUAAAAUAUAUUUUUUAAAAUGUUCUGGGUUAGAAGGCCCAGGGGUCCCAGUGCCACACCACCCAUGGGAGGUUCCAGAACUUUCCUUGCUUGGCGAGAAUCUAAUCUUUAUUGCUACUGCCUCCCUGGCUCAUGAUCCAGUUGUGAGUUUCCCGAGACUUUCAGGAGUCUAGAUGUUCGACUUGGCAUUCAGUUACAUUUGGAUUUGGGGUAAACAAGAGGUUUUAGAGUCACGGCAUUCCAUACUACACCUGGUUAGAAAGCGUUUUACCAUUCUGAUCCUCACGUGUUCUGACAGUUGGUACAGGUGUGGCCCAGGCCUUGGAAUGCUUUAAGAAGGCCGCAGGUGGCGCCAAUUUAGUUAGGUCUCCCGUGAAGAGGGUGUGGCUCUUUCCAAGUUGAAGGGUCUGCAGUGAUUUGCCAAGGUCCAGGAAGGUUGGGACCAUGUAGGGGAUACACCUUUCAUGUGACACUUAGCCAUCCUUGUAUUCCACUGGAAGCCAAACAAGAUGUGCUACUGUCUCCCUGAUUUGUUUCCUUUUAUUUUUGAAUUAGCCACUUUUUUUUUUAAGACCAGUAGUUUGUUUGUUUGUUUGUUUUUUGAGACUCUACAGAGUUAAGUUCCUUUUGAAAAUUUUAUUUCUGAUAUACUAAAACCACGAAGCUCAAGGACCAAGUAGAACACCAGGCCCUGAGCCUGAGUCUGCCAGUUUGGCAGUGUGCUAGUGUACCUGAUGCUGGAGGGCCUGGGAGUGGAGCACAGGAGUGGCGUGAGGUUCAGCCCCUGGCAGCAUGGGAAGAGGUCAAUGACAGAACCACCUCUGACUUCCAUAUAUAACUGGGAGCACAGGGUGGCCUUCCCAAGUGGUGUUCAUUCAUAGGUCAAGGUGGAGGCUUCCUAAAUCCUGUGAAAUGUCUGCCGAGGUCAGCAGGGCUGGAGACGCUUGCAUGUGGCCCAGAGGAUGGGUAAUUAUGCCACUCAGUGGUCCUUGUCCUGAGAGAGAGUCCAGCUGCUCCCACUGCUCUGAGAGUCUCACCCUAGAUGGACAGGAUACAAGUGGCAGCAUUUCCCUGGGCGUAGGCCCAUUGGGAAGUGGAGGCAGGUAGGCAGGAAGAGGUGGACCUUGAGAACAGCCCUAGACACAGUGGCCACUUGUCUCUGUGGGCUUUGUCCAUUUCCUAAGGGUGUCUCCAUUGCUUCCCUGUCAGUGCUACCUCAGCACCCAGCCCACACUCUGGAGAACUCUGGGCGAUGGUCUGAUAGCUAGGUAGUCCUGAGUUGUGGUCCUUCUGGUUCUGAUGGUCCAGGGACUGUUGGUACAUACGGGGCUGUGUAAGGGAUCCCGAGACUCCAGCAAGGCCUAAGGAAUCAGGAGGACUUGACUCAUCUGAGGGGCACUGGCAAAUCUACACCUGUCUAGACAGGACUGAUGGAAGUGGGAGAUACAGCGUGGUCACCAGGAUGUCCAGUGACUCUGUAGAAGUCCAGGUGAAGCUCUUCAGGGCCUCCGUGAUGCCUGUUAUCCCAGUCUUCUCUCCUACUCCACCCCUCACGGGGCCCAACGGCUUCCCUCUGUGGUGGCUCCUCAGGCUGCUAUCACUAGCACGCACUUGACGAGGGGCCUCCAGUUAGAGCAGCCACAUCUUGGAAGGACCUCCCUGUCCUGACUUUGACCCUGACAGAAUGUACUUGGAAUGGACUUAUCAGGAGAAAGUAGAAGUAGCAACCUUCAGGGAGGGACAGCUCUGUGGCUCUGCCAUCUUUUAGCUGCUCUGCUAAGAAAACCACCACUUCUAGAAAAGGCUUUGUUUCUGAAAGCAUAGUAAGGUUACAGGCCUUGUUACACUGCACUAGGAGCUGGACAGCUUUGAUGUUCCUUCCUUGUGGACUCCUCUUCCCAUUGUGACUGUAUCGAAGGGAUGCGCAUUCCUGAGGUACCAUAUGGAGGGCAGCAUCCCAGGCCACCUCUCCUACAGGCCUAAGUUCUGAUGGCCCUGUCUCCUGUUGGGACUGUCUUCUUUACUGUUCUGCACUGUUUCUUGUCUGCAUGGUUUGGGGUCCUUGUGCCUUUUUUCCUUGUUACCACCACACAGGAUUCUCUGUUACCCACUGCCCCCUUUUGUACAUCUCCUUACCCCAUCUCCCCCAGUCCUGUGUGUACUCACAUGUGCAGCCAUGUGCCUCUACUGAGGUCAGCUGGCAAACACUUCACCCCAUCGGCCCUGACUUCCCAGAGCUCCCCAACUCUGUUGACUCGGUAACUUUUGUACAGGAUUUUGUUACAAUCUUAAGCAUAGGGACCACUUAAUCCCCAUGUGCCUGCAGCUAGUUUAGAAGCCCUGCAUCCCAGACAAGGGUAGCUUUGUGCAGACCAGCCUCUCCCGCAAACCUCUUCCUCGUGGGUUCAGGUAUUUAUAAAAGACAGAUCUCCUUUAAAAUGAGGCCCUGGCCCCAGCAGGGAGGUGACAGGUCUGCAAAGCUCUGUGCAUGGCUCUUCUGGAGGAAGCCCCAGCCAUGUGGUUUCCAGUGCUUGGCAAUACAUCUGGGUUUGGGGCCAUUGCCUCCCGUGUCUCUCCUGAUGUGUGCUGAAGGAAGUCACUUGCCACUGUCCCUGCCUGCUAUCACUACCUGUUCAGCCCUUCCUUGUCUGCUGGUGCUCAGACCAGAGUGCCGUUAAUCACCAGACCGACGUCAGGACCCGCACAGGACAGCGUGUGUCAGCCGGCUGGCUCCCAGCUUCAGCUUCCACGGGGCUGGGCCUUCUGGGGCCCAGGUGGAAGAAGCUAUAGGCAGAUGGGCUCUGCCUUGCCAGGGAUUGCAGAUGGCCUUUGCUCUGGGGUUUGGGAGGAGCUUCCACUGUAGACCCCAGGGAAGGGAGAAAGGGGUACGGCCCAGGCCCUGAACUGUUCGUUUCCACUCUGUUCUCUCCAGAAACAGGCUUUCCGUGGGGGGCACCUUCCAAGGAACUGUAUUGUACAGACCACAGUGUAAAUAAAAAGUUGGCUUUUUGUGCCUGA